CCGCCUCGGCCACCCGACCCCCAGCUCAGCCUCCCGGUGUCCCCGCAGACCAACGAGGCGACGGGAGCGACGAGCUGCGGAGCUUCUCCGGGGGGCAGCUGGCGUCGGGGCCCGACCCCGCCUUCCCCCGGGACGCGCACGACCCGCUGCGUAUGUGGACGGCGCCCGACCCCGCCACGGGACGGCGCGGGCCCCGGGGGCUGUACGCCUUCGGGGCGGAGCGAGGGAACCGCGAGCCCUUCCUGCAGGCGCUGGGCCUGCUCUGGUUCCGCUACCACAACCUGUGGGCGCAGAGGCUGGCCCGCCAGCACCCGCUCUGGGGGGACGAGGAGCUGUUCCAGCACGCGCGCAAGAGGGUCAUCGCCACCUACCAGAACAUCGCGAUGUAUGAGUGGCUGCCCAGCUUCCUGCAGCAAGCACCGCCGACUUACACAGAGUACCGCCCUUUCGUGGACCCCGGCAUCUCUCCGGAGUUCCUGGCGGCCUCUGAGCAGUUCUUCUCCACCAUGGUGCCCCCUGGCGUCUACAUGAGAAAUGCCAGCUGCCACUUCCAGGGGGUCAUCAAUAGGAACUCAAGUGUCUCCAGAGCUCUCCGGGUCUGCAAUAGCUACUGGAGCCGAGAGCACCCAAACCUACAAAGAGCUGAAGACGUGGACUCGCUGCUGCUGGGCAUGGCCUCCCAGAUCGCUGAGCGAGAGGACCAUGUGGUGGUUGAGGACGUAUGAGAUUUCUGGCCUGGGCCACUGAAGUUUUCCCGCACAGACCACCUGGCCAGUUGCCUGCAGCGGGGCCGGGAUGUGGGCCUGCCCUCUUACACGAAGACCAGGGCAACACUGGGCCUGCCUCCAGUUACCAGAUGGCAGGACGUCAACCCUGCACUCUUCCGGAGUGAUGGCACUGUGCUGGAGGCCACAGCUGCCCUGUACAACCAGGACCUGUCCCGGCUGGAGCUACUCCCCGGGGGACUCCUGGAGAGCUAUGGGGACCCUGGACCCCUCUUCAGCACCAUCGUCGUCGAUCAGUUUGUGCGACUGCGGGAUGGCGACCGCUACUGGUUUGAGAACAGCAGGAAUGGGCUGUUCUCUGAAAAAGAGAUUGCAGAGAUCAGAAACACUUCCCUACAGGAUGUUCUAGUAGCUGUCACCAACGUGAACCCUGGUGCCCUGCAGCCCAGCGUCUUUUUCUGGCAUGCUGGAGACCCCUGCCCGCAGCCAAGACAGCUCAGCACAGAGGGCCUGCCAGCCUGUGCUCCCCCCAUCAUGCGGGCCUAUUUUGAAGGCAGUGGAUUUGGCUUCGGGGUCACCAUCGGGAUCCUGUGCUGCUUCCCCCUGGUGAGCCUGCUCAGUGCCUGGAUUGUUGCCCAGCUCUGGAGGAGAUAUUUAAAGAGGCUCCAGGGCCAGAGCCACCAGAGCAGCAUGUCUGAGAAGCUCGUGGGGAGCAUGAAAGCCUCAGAAUGGCAGGGCCGCAAGGAGCCCUGCCGGCCUGUGCUCGUGCACCUGCAGCCCGGGCAGAUCCACGUGGUGGAUGGCAGGCUCUCUGUGCUCUGCACCGUCCAGCUGAGGCCCCCGCAGCAGGUCCACCUCAUCCUGUCCAGCAACCGGGGAUGCCGUGCCCUACUGCUCAGGAUCUGCAAGGAGUAUGACCUGGUUCUGCUAUUUGACCUGGGGGAAGAGCGGCAGGUGAUGCUGGAAAACCUCCGGGGGGCUCUGAAGGAGAGUGGGCUGAGCUUCCAGGAGUGGGAGCCGUGGGAGCAGGAGCUGAUGAGGGCCACUGUGACGCGGGAGCAGCGGAGCCAUCUCCUGGAGACCUCUUUCAGGCACCUUUUCUCCCAGGGUAACUUCGUUCCAGCCCCUGCUGUUCACCGAGGCUCACCAAGAAGUUUCAGUGCAACCGUGGCCACCAGACGGUGCAGCAGUUCAAGCGCUUCGUCGAGAACUACCGGCGCCACAUCGGCUGCCUGGCCGUGUUCUACACCAUCGCCGGGGUUCUCUUCCUGGAGAGGGCCUACUCUGCGUGACGGCCAUGGCGGGACAGACUACGCCUUUGCGGCUCAUCACGUGGGUAUCACGGACACCACCCUCGUGGGCAUCAUCCUGUCGCGGGGCACGGCGGCCAGCGUCUCCUUCACGUUCUCCUACAUCCUGCUCACCAUGUGCGGCAACCUCGUCACCUUCCUGCGAGAGACCUUCCUCAACCGCUACAUGCCCUUCGACGCCGCCGUGGUUCAUUGCCUCAUUGCCUCCACUGCCAUCGUCCUCGCAGUCCUACACAGUGCAGGCCAUGUGGUGAAUGUGUACCUCUUCUCCAUCAGCCCACUCAGCAUCCUCUCCUGCCUCUUCCCCGGCCUCUUCCAUGACAACGGGUCCGAGGUCCCCCAGAAGUGUUCCUGGUGGUUCUUCCAGACCGUGCGAGGUGUCACGGGGGUCAUGCUGUUCCUGCUUCUCGCCAUCAUGUACAUCUUCGCCUCCCACCACUUCCGGCGCCGCAGCUUCCGGGGCUUCUGGCUGACCCACCACCUCUACAUUCUGCUCUACGUGCUGCUCAUCAUCCAUGGCAGCUUCGCUCUGAUCCAGCUACCCCGUUUCCACAUCUUCUUCCUGGUCCCAGUACUUAUCUAUAUGGGGGACAAGCUGGUGAGCCUGAGCCGGAAGAAGGUGGAGAUCAGUGUGGUGAAGGCGGAGCUGCUGCCUUCAGGAGUGACCCACCUUGAGUUCCAGCGGCCCCAAGGCUUUGAGUACAAGUCAGGACAGUGGGUGCGGAUCGCCUGCCUGGCUCUGGGGACCAACGAGUGCCACCCCUUCACCCUGACUUCUGCGCCCCACGAGGACACGCUUAGCCUGCACAUCUGGGCAGCAGGGCCCUGGACCACCCGCCUCAGGGAGAUCUACUCACCCCCGACGGGUGACAGCUGUGCCAAACAUCCAAAGCUGUACCUCGAUGGACCAUUUGGAGAGGGCCACCAGGAGUGGCAUAAGUUUGAGGUGUCCGUGCUGGUGGGAGGGGGCAUUGGGGUCACCCCCUUUGCCUCCAUCCUCAAAGACCUGGUCUUCAUGUCAUCAGUCAGCUGCUAAGUGUUCUGUAGGAAGAUCUACUUCGUCUAGGUGACACAGACCCAGCGGCAGUUUGAGUGGCUGGCUGACAUCAUCCGGGAGGUGGAGGAGAAUGACCACCAGGACCUGGUGUCCGUGCACAUCUACAUCACCCAGCUGGCUGAGAAGUUUGACCUCAGGACCACCAUGCUGUACAUCUGUGAGUGGCACUUCCAGAAGGUGCUGAACCGGAGUCUGUUCACGGGCUUGGGCUCCAUCAGCCACCUUGGCCGACCCCCCUUCGAGCCCUUCUUCAACUCUCUGCAGAAGGUCCACCCACAGGUCCAGAAGAUCGGGGUGUUUAGCUGUGACCCCCCUGGCAUGAUCAAGAACGUGGAAAAGGCCUGUCAGCUCAUCAACAGGCAGGACGGGAUUCAUUUCUCCCACCAUCAUGAGAACUUACAGGCCUCCUGCCCAGGGCCUCUGCCCACUGCCCAGCUGAGCAGAGGUUUGGCCCCAUACCUCACCUCUAGCUUUCCUGUUUCUGGCUCCCUCAGCCGUCUCCCCAUUUGCGCCUCCCAACCUUGGUCCAGGUGGCCAUGGUCAGUCACGUCAUGAGGGUUCAGGGACUCCCAGGCCCGGAAGGUCUCAGCCUGGAGAAAUGCAAGGCACUGUGUGGGGACUAGAGGUUGGGAGGCAGGAGAGCUAUAUUAUUGCUUUGGGGCAAAGUGACACCUCUUCUUCCAAAAUAAGAAAAAAACUCAAAAGACUGGAGCAGA